UUAUCAUCUUGUACAAACACCUGCGUCUACUUUUCUCUUCCCCUCUCAUCAAACCCUAGCCUAAACGUCACCAACCAAUCUAGUCAUGGCGUUGAAGCAUCUUCUUUCUCUAGCCCGCCGGUCUCAUAGGCCUCAACGCUCUGCACUAUCUUCCUUCCGAUCAUCUUCCACCUCCGCCGCUCCUCUCGCCACAACUUCGCCGUCUGCGCCGCCUGGUCCUCCUCCUCCAGAUGCCAUGAUCUAUGAUCGUCUUGCUGAAUCAGUCAAAUCCAAGCUUCAACAGCUCGAGAGCCCCGACCCGAGGUUCCUCAAAUACGGGUCUCCCCACCCUACUCGUAGGUCUCACACUCACAUCCUUUCCGCUCCCGAAACUCGCAUUACUACUCUCUCUAAUGGUCUUCGUGUUGCAACGGAAUCUAAUCUUGCGUCGAAAACCGCAACUGUUGGAGUAUGGAUCGACGCGGGGUCCCGAUUUGAGACUGAAGAUACUAACGGAACAGCCCAUUUUCUCGAGCAUAUGAUUUUUAAGGGGACGGAGAAGAGGUCUGCAAGAGAUAUUGAAGAAGAGAUCGAGAACAUGGGUGGGCAUUUGAAUGCCUACACUAGUAGGGAGCAGACUACUUAUUAUGCCAAAGUCAUGGACAAGGAUGUGAAUAAGGCAUUGGAUAUUUUGGCUGAUAUAUUGCAGAAUUCAAAGUUCGAUGAGAAACGGAUUAGUCGUGAGAGGGAUGUGAUUUUGAGGGAAAUGGAAGAGGUUGAGGGGCAAACAGAGGAAGUUAUCUUCGACCAUCUGCAUGCAACUGCAUUCCAGUACACUCCACUGGGUAGAACUAUUCUUGGACCGGCCAAAAAUGUCAAAUCAAUCACAAGAGAUCAUCUUCAGAACUAUAUAAACACACACUACACUGCUCCUAGAAUGGUCAUUGUUGCUUCUGGAGCUGUUAAGCACGAGGACAUUCUUGAGCAAGUAAAGAAACUGUUUACUAAGUUAUCAGCUGAUCCAACCACUGCGUCCCAGCUGGUUGCAAAAGAACCAGCAUUUUUUACUGGCUCUGAGGUCAGGAUAAUUGAUGAUGAUGUUCCUUUGGCACAAUUUGCGGUUGCUUUUGAAGGAGCACCAUGGACCGAUCCAGAUUCUGUUCCUCUGAUGGUCAUGCAGGCAAUGUUGGGGUCGUGGAAUAAAAAUGCUGGCGGUGGAAAGCACAUGGGUUCUGAGCUGGCACAGAGGGUUGGCAUUAAUGAAAUUGCAGAAAGCAUGAUGGCUUUUAACACCAAUUACAAAGACACUGGCCUAUUUGGUGUUUACGCUGUUGCCAAGCCGGAUGGCUUGGAUGAUUUAGCUUGGGCAAUUAUGCAUGAGACAGCCAAGUUAUGUUAUCGGGUUUCUGACGCUGAUGUGACAAGGGCUUGUAAUCAGUUGAAAUCUUCAUUGCUACUUCACAUAGAUGGAACCAGCCCUGUAGCUGAAGAUAUUGGACGACAGUUGCUUACUUAUGGUCGGAGAAUUCCAUUCGCUGAAUUGUUUGCUAGGAUUGAUGCUGUUGAUGCAAGUACUAUUAAACGUGUUGCAAACAGAUUUAUUCAUGACAAGGAUGUUGCAAUUGCUGCCACGGGUCCUAUCCAGGGCUUGCCUGAUUACAACUGGUUCAGACGCAGGACCUACAUGAACCGCUACUAGAGUGUUGUGCUUUUUAUUUGUUACAUUACUGCAUGGAUACAUGCAUUUUGUUGUUUUUACAGCACAACCAACGUCACUGGGGAAGCCCCCAAAUCCUUAGCAUUUUCAAGUCAAAAUUUUUUUAGGUUUCUCUCUGUAAUGCUAUUAUUGCUGCAGUAAUAAAGAAUGCAGUGUUCAGUAAGUUGGCCGAUACAAGGGAUUGAUAUUCAGUACUUUUUAGCAAAGCAUGGAUUAGUAAGGCCCUUCUUGUCAAUAUCUUUUAACUGAAAUUUUUUGUUACCUGCAUAUUGUUGGAGAGACUGAUGCGAGAGGAUUUGAUACGAGUUUUUAUUGUUAAUAAUAAUUCAAGUGCCAACUUUCCUUA